UCAUCGCUUCGGCUAAGAGUUAGUAUGGCUCCUCCAUGUUUCCUUUCUACCGUGGCCGUCGUCCUCGUCCUGGCCGUCGCGGCCACGUCGACCGACGGCGCUUUCGGGUGCUCGGCUUCGGAUCGGGCGGCUCUCCUGGCUUUUAAGUCGGCGCUUUCGGAGCCGUACCUGGGUAUCUUCUCGUCGUGGACGGGCGACGCGUGCUGCUCCCGGUGGUACGGCGUGAGCUGCGACCCCACGACCGGGCGCGUAGCUGACAUCUCCCUGCGCGGAGAGUCGGAGGACCCCAUCCUCGCCGGCUCAGGCCGCUCCGGUGGCCUCAUGUCCGGCCGCAUCUCGCCGGAGGUCUGCCGCCUGGACCGUCUGGCCACCCUCAUCCUUGCCGACUGGAAGCACAUUUCCGGGCCCAUUCCUCCGUGCCUCACCUCCCUUCCCUUCCUCCGCAUCCUCGACCUCGUCGGCAACCGGCUCACCGGCACAAUCCCCGCUGACAUCGGCCGCCUCUCCCGCCUCGCAGUACUCAACGUCGCCGACAACCAGAUCUCCGGCCACAUCCCCGCCUCCCUCCCCGCCCUAUCCUCACUCAUGCACCUCGACCUCAGCAACAACCAGAUCUCCGGCCCCAUCCCGCACGACUUUGGCAACCUGCGCAUGCUCAGCCGCGCCCUCCUCGGCCGCAACCGCAUCUCCGGAACCAUCCCCGCUUCCGUGGGCUACAUGACCCGGCUCGCCGACCUCGACCUCGCUGAGAACCGCAUCUCCGGGGAGAUCCCAGCGACCCUGGGGUCCAUGCCGGUGCUGUCCUCGCUCUACCUCGACUCGAACCGGCUCACCGGGCAGAUCCCAGCGGCGCUGCUCAGAAGCCGGGGGCUCGGCAUCCUGAACCUGAGCCGAAACGGCAUCGAGGGGGAGAUCCCGGACGUGUUCGGCUCCCGGUCGUACUACACGGCGCUGGACCUGUCGCACAACCGGCUAAGGGGCAGCGUGCCGAAGACGCUGGUGACGGCGGCGUACGUGGGGCACUUGGAUCUCAGCCACAACCACCUCUGCGGCCCCAUCCCGGCCGGCUCCCCCUUCGACCACCUCGAGGCCGCCUCCUUCACCAACAACGACUGCCUCUGCGGGGGGCCGCUGCCGGUUUGCAAGUGAGCCGAGCAUUGAAAUCCAAUCCCGGUGAGGGCGUACCAACUCGUGUGUUUGCGUAUGUGUGCGUGUGACGACUAGUGAGAGAUGAAUUCUUUAAAGUGUUACUAUUACACCAAGUUCAAGCACGUUAAACUUGAACACCGGUUUAUAAACGUGUAGAACCGAGAAGACUGGACAACUUCUAUGGUUCACUGUGGGUAAUGUUAUGGCCCUUACGAGUGCAAAAGCCGUAUUAUGGGCUUCUUACAUUACAUACUACUACUGCUACUUA